AUGUGGGGAAAUAGUUACAAUCCUUAUGCUUCACUUCAACGUGAUUUACAAUCAAGCAGCUGGCUUAGUCCAACUUUGACAACUUCAAUCAGCAAUCCCUAUGGUUCCAGCUAUCUCAGCGGUUUAACAAAUCCAUUUGCUGGACAAACAUUCGGAAGUUCUUAUCCAACAUUUGGCAACUAUGGUUACCCAUUCCGAAGAUGGUAA